AUGGAUCGGUCGAGUAAUUUCCGUACCAAUUUUGUUGGUCGUAUGGUUGGUGACAAAGCGGAAUGUAGUCGAUUUCAGAUUGAAGAACAAGUCCUACGCGAAGAUUCUGAUGUUGAUUUGACAAAAUUAGCACAGUUCGCAUUCAAGCAUUAUGUGCCGAAGAUUCACCGUGUACCAAUUUGGAAAUUGUUGCUGAGAGUAUCCUCAACUGCACCGGAAGUGAGGAAGGACAUAGCAAAACAUCGGAUACAAGAAGCCGAAGUCUUAUUGUCAUCACUUUGCGCUAUGCGAUUAAGCACUUCAAGAACAAACAAUAGUAGAGAUUUAGGUAUGGACUAUCAUCCAACAGCUAUUGAUAUUGUACGAAUGAUUCAGCUCGGCGGUGAAGCUGCUAUAAUGCGCAACAAUCAACAUGCCUUAGAAAUGGAUUUUCAAGCACAGUUAGCGAUAGCCAAACAAAUGUCAAUAAUUUGUGAAUCGAAUUGGGUCGACAUUUAUUGGCUAACAAAGGUCUUUGAUGAAUUGUUAUCUCAUGUCUUUACUCAAAAGGUCCUCACUGAGGUUGUCGAUAACCUAAAAAUCCAACUUGUAAAAGCUUAUGCAGAAAUGGGCAAUUUAGAUGAACUUAUUUGGGAAAAAAUGCCAAUGAAUUUUUGGAUACGAUGUGGUGGAGCGGUUGUUUUUGAUCAUGAACCCUUGUUAAAUUUGUGGGAUAAAAUAUGCAGUUCUGCUAACUGUGGAAUAAUCAAGUUGUUAUCGACUGUGAUCUAUAAUUAUCUUAUUGAACUAAAACCGUAUUUAUCAAAAUUAGAGGUCAAUGAUUUUGCCUUAGGCAAAGGAAUCUUGUCGGUCAAAACUCAAAAUGCUAUCAUAAAAACAUCAAUUGAUGGUAUACUUCAGUCAGGAAGGUUUUGUUCCAAAAAAUAUGAAGCAUAA